AUGGCUGACAAUAUAUUGGUUUCAGUCAGAUUCCACCGGAACGCCCGUCCAGGAAGAAGAACCAUCACCUCAAGACUUGGACUUAGAUCUGCCAAAUCAGGACAAUACGUGGGAGGAGAAGAAGACGUAGAAUUUGACGACGGUCUCCCCAACGAGAACAAUAGUUUCUACGAGUCCAGUUGGUCUGACUCGGAACUUCUCUCGGAGACUCGGACGAUGGACAUUUCUUCACACUCGGACAACCAAUUGUGA